AAUCAGCAGGGAACAGUUAGUAACAGUUACAAAUACAUACUUUCUACCUACUGGCAGGCACGGUAGCUCCUUUGGACGAGAAUGUGCAGGUGACGGAGGUCAACACCUCGGGUCUCUACAGGAUGGACAGCAACCUUAAAGUGUCCAAGUGGGCUACGUCGUCCCUCUCGAACGGCCUGGCCUGGAGUCUGGACCGGAAGACCUUCUACUUCGUGGACUCUCACCCUCGCACCAUCGACGCCUUCGACUACGACGACGAGUCCGGAGCCAUCAGCAACCGCCGCGUGGUCUUCGACUUCUACAAGGCCGGCCUGAAGGAUCAGUUCCCGGAUGGGAUGGCGAUCGACGUCGACGGGAACCUGUGGGUGGCGUCCUUCGGCGGAUAUCAGGUCCUCUGCGUGAACCCCCGCACCGGCAGGAUCCUCCGCCGCGUCGCCAUUCCCGCCAAGAACGUGAGCUCGGUGUGCUGGGGAGGACCCGACUACUCCACCCUCUUCGUGACCUCGGGGACCCUCGGGAUGUCCCCGGAGGAGGUCGCGGCCAACCCUUCGUCGGGAGGAACCUUCGCCGUGACGGGCCCGGCACCAAGGGCCUCCCCCGGCUCGCUUCAGGGUCGACUUCCAGCAGAGGCUGCAGCAGGUGGUUGUGUAAGGGAUCGAGGGAGCGAACCACAAUUGCAACUGAAGCCCAAAGGUGAGGGAAAAAGGGUGACGUCAUGGGCCGGAGGUAUGACGUCACAGGCCAUCGACGGAAAAUUCGCGUUCUCAGGAAUCUAG